AUGACAGUACAAGCCUGCGAAAAACAGAGAUUCAAUAGCAGCGAAAACGCGGAAGAAAAACAGUACCUUGAGCUUUGCCAACAGAUCAUCGAAAAUGGCGAAUUUAGAUCCGACAGAACAGGUACAGGCACCUACAGUGUCUUUGCUCCACCACAGUUGCGAUUUCGUUUGACUGAUGACACUUUUCCUUUGCUCACGACGAAAAAAGUGUUCAUUAAAGGUAUCGUGCACGAGCUUUUAUGGUUCGUGGCCGGUUGUACAGACGGGAAGAAGUUAUCGGAGAAGGGUGUAAGAAUUUGGGAAGGAAAUGGGUCUAGAGAGUUUUUGGACAGGCGCGGGCUCACGGAUAGGCGUGAGGGUGAUUUGGGACCCAUAUAUGGGUUCCAGUGGAGACAUUUUGGUGCGGAGUAUAAAACUUGUGAUGAUAAUUACGACGGACUUGGCGUAGACCAACUUGCACAGGUGAUUUACAAACUUAAGACCGAUCCCAUGGAUCGUAGAAUCAUUAUGAGUGCUUGGAAUCCUGCGGAUUUCGACAAGAUGGCGCUUCCACCAUGCCAUAUUUUCUGCCAGUUUUACGUGAGUUUCGCCAAGGAAGAUGGUGCCAAGCCCCGUCUUUCUUGCUUGUUAUAUCAGCGGUCAUGCGAUAUGGGGCUCGGUGUGCCUUUCAACAUAGCAUCGUAUGCACUCUUGACCAAAAUGAUUGCACAUGUCUGCGAUAUGGAGCCAUAUGAGUUUAUCCAUACUUUAGGCGAUGCUCAUGUAUACCGGGACCAUAUUGAAGCAUUGCAAGAACAAAUAAAGCGUGAGCCCAGAGCAUUCCCUAAACUCGUCAUAAAAAGAUCCGUAUCAUCGAUUGAUGAUUUCAAGUUUGAAGAUUUCGAACUUUCCGAUUAUAAUCCUCACGGUAGAAUUCAAAUGACUAUGAGUGUUUGA